AUGUUGAUGUGUAUGACGAAGCUCUCAUUUCUAGCUCUGGGCUUAUGCUUCAUCGACACCGCCGCGUCUGUCGCUACCUGGCCCUCUCCCACCUACGAUGAGCUCGAAGACCUUAUGAUGUUGAACGACGGAUACAAUGCUCGAGAUUUUCCCUUCCCACUGGUUCCAUGUACUUUCGCGCGAGCUCCGGGAUUCUCAAUCGCAGGAGGCUUCUUACGGACAGCCUUUCACGAUAUGGCACCAGCUGAUAUUCAUACGGGCAUAGGAGGCCUUGAUGCCUCGGUCGGGUUCGAGUUGGACAGCACCGUCUACAUCGAGAACGCGGGGGUUGCUUUCAACAACUCCUUGACGUACUAUUCAAAGUUCUUCAACGGCCGAGCAAGCAUGUCGGACCUCAUUGGUCUGGGUGUCUAUGCCUCAGUCAGAGCCUGCGGAGGUCCUGUUGUCCCGUUGAGGGCUGGCCGCAUUGACGCUACUCAGGCUGGUGCUGUCGGAGUCCCCGAUCCUAAGGACAAUCGUCAGAAAAUGGUCGCUCAGUUUGCACGCAUGGGCUUUAAUCAACAAGAAAUGAUCCAAGUUGUUGCUUGCGGUCAUACGCUGGGCGGGGUGCACUCAGCCCAGCAUCCGACCGUCGUACCAAACGGCACCACUCCACUCGGAACAGGCGAUUUUGAUACUACAGACAGUACUUACGACAACAAAGUCAUUACACAAUACCUCGAUGGAAGCACGAAAAACCCGCUAUGCAUAGGGCCCGAUGUCGACUCGAGGUCUGACCUAAGGGUAUUCUCCAUGGAUGGCAACAAGACUGUCUCUGUAAUGGCCGACUCCGCAUCGUAUUCGACCACAUGCUCCAGGAUCCUUCAGAAGAUGAUCGAAACCGUGCCUGCUGGGGUCCAACUGACGGAUAGUAUUACCCCGUACGACGUCAAACCGUACAAUCUUCAGCUCAAUGUCAUCGAAGACGAAAGUCUGCUGUUUUCCGGCGAGAUCCGAUUCAGGACCCAUGCCGUGCCCAAAUCGACCAUCUCGAGCAUUCAGCUUCAUUACCUAGACAGGAACGGGGCUAGCGCUGGCACAAUUGACACCAUUGUGCUCGGUGAUGCCUCAGGGUUUGACGACACUUUCACGUUCUUUGGUUUCAACACAACCAUUUCUGCGAAGACGUCCAUAUCGUCCUUUGUUGUGAUCGCCACACUUGCAUCAGGUACCGUAACCUAUGACAACAAUGGUGAGGGCUUUCCUGUCCAGGACACCAUUUUUGCGCAGACCUUGAACUCGACGCUGGGCCCGCUUGAGGACACAGGGACCCAGAAGGCCACGAUAAUUGCAGCAGUCCGAUCCGGCACCGGUGGCGAACCGGACAUGUCUAUAUCUCUUAUUAACCCCAUGACUUACAACCAUCUCCCAACCAUCUCCAAGUCGACGAGCCCAAUGACGAAGGUCUGCCAAUCCAAAUACUACACCUUCUAUUCUGGCGGCUAUGAUGUCCCGGUAGCGGCAGUGAAUGGCACGAAGUACGAUGUGAGCGUGGGCUCGUUCUCGGACAGCUUCAAGAACCUUGACCUCCCAGGGAUCGCCGGUGCUCUUACUUGUAGUGGCAGUGGAGGGUCUGGCGCAGCCACAACGUCAGCCACUUGGAGCAUCUCGACGACAUCCUCGUCGUCAACUCCCGCCAACGGCAGCUCUGCCAAGACUACUACAACUCAGGAUUCGAACAUAUGGACGACGACGGUCGUCACUGCUUUCACAACGUACUGCCCCGGUGCAACCACCUUCAGCCAGAACGGAAAGACGUACAUUGCCACGGAAGCAACCACACUGACCAUCGUUGACUGUCCUUGCACAGUCUCGUGGACUCGAUCAGUCUCGGAGUCGUCAAGUAGUACCACUAGUAUCUCCACCACGACCACUGCUUGGGUGCUUUCAGCAACGACGACAACCUCGUCUGCAACUUCAGACUUGCUAGUCCGGCCAGUGAGCGACGCAGUUACCAGUGCUACUAGCUCUUCAUCUACCACAAAUGCCGGCCUUGGAUCAUUGUCGGCCUCAGAAGGAGUAACGUCGAGCCCAGUGUCGCCUGCAAUUGCUACUUUCACAGGCGGUGCCAGCAGCUUUGCUUCUGGUGGGAAUGUGAUAGCCUGGCUUGGCUCCACUUUCGUAGCCGCGGUCUAUCUAUUGUGA